GGUCCGGGGUCCGGGGGGCGCGAAGCAAGCGGCGAUCGGGCGGAGGCUGUGGCUGCGCCGCCUGCCAUCGACUUCCCGGCUGAGGACUCGGAUCCAAAGUAUGAUGAAUCUGAUGUUCCAGCGGAGCUCCAGGUAUUAAAAGAACCUCUACAACAACCAUCCUUCCCUUUUACAGUUGCAAACCAACUAUUGCUUGUUUCUCUGCUGGAGCACUUGAGCCAUGUCCAUGAACCGAACCCAGUGCGUUCAAAACAGGUAUUUAAAUUGCUCUGUCAGACCUUUAUCAAGAUGGGACUAUUGUCUUCUUUCACCUGUAGCGAUGAGUUUAGCUCACUGAGACUACAUCACAACAGAGCUAUUACUCAUUUAAUGAGGUCUGCUAAAGAGAGAGUUCGGCAGGAUCCUUGUGAGGAUAAUUCUCAUAUACCAAAAAUCAGAUCAAGAGAAGUAGCCUUUGAAGCACAGACUUCACGUUAUUUAAAUGAAUUUGAAGAACUUGCUAUCUUAGGAAAAGGUGGAUAUGGAAGAGUGUAUAAGGUCAGGAAUAAAUUAGAUGGUCAGUAUUAUGCAAUUAAAAAAAUCCUGAUUAAGGGUGCAACUAAAACAGAUUGCAUGAAGGUACUACGGGAAGUGAAAGUACUGGCAGGUCUUCAGCACCCUAAUAUUGUGGGCUAUCACACUGCCUGGAUAGAACAUGUUCAUGUGGUCCGGCCACAAGUAGACCGAGUUCCUAUUCAGUUGCCUUCUUUGGAAGUGGUCUCAGACCAGGCAGAAGACAGAAAUCAAUAUGAUGUUAAAAAUGAUGAAAGUAGCAGUUCGUCCAUUAUCUUUGCUGAGUGUACGUCCGAAAAAGAAAAAUCUGGUGAAGAGUUUGAUAAUGAAAAUCAGAAUAAUAAGUUGGUCAACUACACCACCGAUUUAGUCAUAAGAAACACCAGUGAAUUUGAAUCAUCCAUUGAGCUUCAAGAAAAGGACUUGGCUGGUUUGUCUGCUAGAUCAGUUGUCAAACACCAGUUGCCACUUAGGUGUAAUUCAGACCUAGAAGCAAAUUUCACAUCCACUGAUGAAUCUUCUGAAGAAAACCUAAACUUAUUUGGGCAGACUGAGGUGCAGUACCACCUGAUGCUGCACAUCCAGAUGCAGCUGUGCGAGCUCUCUCUGUGGGACUGGAUAGCUGAGAGGAACAAGCGCGGCCGGGAGUGUGUGGAUGAAUCUGCCUGUCCUUAUGUUAUGGCCAGUGUUGCAAGAAAAAUUUUUCAAGAAUUGGUGGAAGGUGUAUUUUACAUACAUAACAUGGGAAUUGUACACAGAGACCUAAAGCCCAGAAAUAUUUUUCUUCAUGGCCCUGAUCAGCAAGUGAAAAUAGGAGAUUUUGGCCUGGCCUGCACAGAGAUCAUACAGAAAAACACUGACUGGACCAGUAGGAAUGGAAAGAGAACACCAACACAUACUUCCAGGGUGGGUACUUGUCUGUAUGCUUCCCCUGAGCAGUUGGAAGGAUCGGAGUAUGAUGCUAAGUCAGAUAUGUAUAGCUUGGGUGUGAUCCUGCUAGAGCUCUUUCAGCCAUUUGGAACAGAAAUGGAGCGAGCAGAAGUUCUCACAGGCUUACGAACUGGUCAGAUACCUGAUGCUGUCAGUAAGAGAUGUCCCGUGCAAGCCAAGUAUAUCCAGCACUUAACUAGAAGGAACUCUUCCCAGAGACCAUCUGCUCUUCAACUGCUGCAAAGUGAACUUUUCCAAAAUUCUGAAAAUGUUAAUCUCACCCUACAGAUGAAGAUAAUAGAGCAAGAAAAAGAAAUUGAAGAACUAAAGAAGCAGCUAAGCCUCCUUUCUCAGGACAAAGGGAUUAAGGAUCACACAAAAGAUGGGGAUGUCCCUGUCUAGCCUUGAUUAGGCUGUAUCAGUAAUAUGAAAGUGGACCCAAACUCUUAGUCAACUGGAAUGUAAAUUUUCAAUCUUUACUGGGAUAUAGAUGGUAUAAUUCUUAGUUGUAUUUAGUAAGCCUGCACAGGACUUAUUAAAGAUAUAAAAAUACC